AUGGGUUCAUUCGAAUACGAGACACAGCGAACGAAUCCGGCAGUAAAGAGUAACCAUACCGCCACAGACACAGCAGAAACAGAAGAAGAAAAACAUCUUAAAUCUCAAUAUAAGGAUGAAUUGACCAAACUACAGGAACUAUUUACUGAUUGGACGGAGGCAGAUUUACUCUUUGCUCUACAAGAAGCUCAAGGCGACCUUGAGCUUACGAUUACUCGAAUUAGUGAAGGUCAUGCUAGUCAAUGGGGUGAAGUUAGAUCUCGCAAAUCUAAAAAGGAACAGAAUAAUAAAGCCAAAACAAGCGGGCAACAAUCUGGCAACGCUCAACGUGGACAUCAAAGAGGCGGUUAUAGUGACCGUGGCCGGCCUCGUGGUGAAGGUGGGUCUCGUAGUGUAAGAAGUAAUGAUCGCUCCCGAGGGCCAAAAAGAGAUAACAGUUCGGGUUAUACUCGACCACCACGUCAACAAAAUGGACCAAACACCUCCAAUCAUGAUGACACGAAUAAUGGUGCUCACGCAAAAUCAGUUGCUGAUAACUGGGGUAAUAACGACAGUCCUGGUGGUGAUUGGAAUGACGCCAACGAAAGCUGGUCUUCUGAUUCCAAAGGUCUUAAUGCUCGGGGCAAUGACAAUAUCGCUACCAAUGACUGGAGUGCUGACAAUCAACAUCAAAGUUCAUGGGGUGAUAAUUCGGCGGAAAAUUCUAAAAGUGGCUGGGAUAAUGACUCUGUAACUGAUAAAGGUCAGAGUAGUUGGACCAAUGAGAUUUCUACAGAAAAUAAUCAUGGUGGACGAAAUGGUGAUAGUAUUAAUAAUUCUGGAGGGUUGACAACCGAUAAUAAAAAUGGAGCCGACAAUGUUAAUGAUAAUUUCCUAAGUCGAGAGGCCGACAAAUCCACGUUUAUUAAAGAAAAUAAUAAUUGGGACACUGAAACUUCCAAUAAUAAUUGGAAUGUUGAAAAUAACUGGCCUUCAGACUCCUCCAAAGAUAAUCGAGGGGCUGAUUCUCUUAAAAAUGGUAAAACAGUUAGGGAUGUACAGAGAUCUCCUAAUUCUGGUGUACCUAGAUCUAUUGUGACUGCAAGAUCACCAGUUCCUAAUAUAUCACGGACGAUUCCUUCGCAGCCAAAAGCAUCUUGGGCUCAGAUUGUGAAACCUGAAUCGAAACCGGAUCCAAAACCUGAACCAGUUUCACCUCCUAUACAUAAAAGCUCACCUGAGAACAUAAAAGUAGUAUCCCCGAAAAUAACGAAAUCACCAAUUCCUGUACAGUCUUCACCGCCACCCAAAAUACCUGAACCUAUCAGCCUACCAUCUCCACCGGAAGAAGCAACAUCAGCGCCAGUGGUUGCGGCUGUCAAGAUAGAAGAGAUUAAGGUGUUAUCCAAAGAAAUUUCUUCACCGGAACAACCAGCCGUUACUCCUGCUGUAUCUUCACCAGUUGUAAAUGUCUCACCUCACACUAAAGAAAUAUCACCACCCGGUAUCAUUAAUAAAACGAAACAAGCUCCCCUUCGUAGGUUGAAGCAAGAUGCUGCGGUUGUAAUGCCAAGUGCAGGAGCUGGUUUGGAGAGGGUUGGUGUGCAAUUUGGAAGUUUAAAUUUAUCAAAUUCUAUUCAAAAUGCUUUGCCAUCAUCCGUCAGCAACGUACCAUCUGCUACACCUGUGAAUGCUGCUACUCCGACACCAACCCCCCAAAAUUUCAAUCCAUCAUACUUUAAACAGGAACAAACAUCUACUUAUUUAAAUCAACAGCAUCAUUUAGGGUUGGCUACGGAACCAUUAAAUGCUGCACCUUAUGGUUCUUACUUGCCGAAUCAACAACUGUCAGGAUUUAGUAUGGGUCCAAUUCAAUCAUUGCCAGAAUAUGGUGCUCUAUAUGGUCCUGAUGCUGCCCAGCGCAUGAUGGGGUAUUAUGCUGCUGCUGAUCCCGCAUAUAAUCAAGCAUCCCCUGUUACUUCUGCUGGGUAUCAAGGACGAGGAGAUAACAACAAAUACACACCUGAUACAACAACAUCUUCAUCUAACCAAACAACAAGUCAACAAUCCGCUGGAACGCAGCAACAAUCAACAAAUCAACAGCAGGGUCAAAACCCUCAACAGCAAGCAUAUCCGCUUAGUGUACAAUAUUACCCUUAUUAUUAUAUGGCAAACCAAUUUCCUUCUGCAUACCAGCAAUCUGGGUAUGGUCAACCCUUUGUAAAUAAAUCCAUGUAUCCCAUGUACAAUCACCCACAUUCGACCAAGCCUGGAUCUGCAUCAGGUGCAUCACCUUACGGAUAUCCUACAACACCUACUACGCCUAAUAAUCCACAUCAUUAUUCACACACUUCAAAUACUGGAUAUGACGAAAUUACGCAAAUACACCAUUUACCCGGUGUUCAUGGCGUUCAUGAUUAUCCAAAAGCCUAUGGUGGUAUUCCACCUCUUAAUUUUUUGGGUAACGCGGCAGGUAGCAAUCCGCAGCCCACCUCUGGAUCCGCAGGAUCGAACUCUACUGGUGGGAAAACCAGCAACAAUGGUAAUUCGGAAUUGAAUAGUCCAGCGCAAUAUAAAGGAUAUACCGACAAAGCUUCAGCUGGUUCGCAACAAGCUGGACAAGCUCAACAAAUGUUUAAUAAUUACCAAUAUCAGCAGACACAUCAUCAGUAUCACCCACAUCAAGCACAUCAUCAAGCAGCUGGACGCAACCAGCAACAAUAUUGGA